GUCUCUGAAUUCUGUAGCCGUAGGGUAGGUCAAAACCAAGUCGAAAGGUAGGUGUUGUCGCAAAGCAAUUUGUUAAAGUGUUAAACGUUGUAUGAGGUUUGUUAUUUCGUCGAUAACGUGGAAAUUUGUAAUCAUUUAAUUCCAUUGCAUAAUUCGUUGAAAUAUGGCGGAUCCUAGAGUAAAAGUUAUUAAAAUCAAGACAGGUGUCGUGAAACGUCUGACGAAGGAAAAGGUGGUAUAUGAACAAGAAGCAGAGAAACAAAAAGAGAGAGUCCAGAAACUGAAAGAAGAAGAAAAAGAUGAACAUAUUAUAAGGAAACAAGAAGAAGUAUUACAGGAGUCUAUGAUGAUGGUUCCAGAUUGCCAGCGACGCUUAUGGAAGGCUUAUGAGGAACUCAAGGGAAUAAUUGACAAUGAAUCAGACAUGGCUGAAAAUGAAGAUUAUAUGGCAGCUGUGAAGGCUUUGGAAGAUGCGAAACCUCAGCUGCCAACAAUAAUGGCAAACAUGUCUUAA